AUGCGUCGGUUCUUUUCCUCUCGCACGAGCGAGAAUCGCUCACUCUCUAUUCGCUCCAACCAUCGCCGCAACGGCUCCCAAAACACACCAAAGCGCACCGGCUUCUCUUUCAACUCCCUCCGCGGCAACAUUCAGCCCGAACUCUCGCGUCGCCUCUACCGUCUUAUCAAGAGUGAGAACAAUCUCAUUACUGCCCAUGAAACUGCCGGUCGCGAGCGUGUCUCUAUUGCCACCCAACUUUCGGAGUGGGGUGAGCAAACUAAUGACGAGGCCAUCUCCGACAUUUCCGACAAGGUCGGCGUCAUUCUGAGUGAGCUUGGUGAGCAAGAAGACCAGUAUGCACACUCGCUAGACGACGCCAGAGGUGUUCUUAAGGCCAUCCGGAAUACCGAAAAGAGCGUCCAGCCCAGCCGCGACGGCAAAGACAAGAUUGCCGAUGAGAUUGCAAGGCUGAAGUUGAAGGAGCCCCAGAGCGCCAGACUUGUUGUACUUGAGCAAGAGCUCGUUAGAGCCGAAGCGGAGAACCUAGUGGCCGAGGCUCAGCUGACGAAUAUCACUCGCCAGAAACUGAAGGAGGCAUACGAGGCCGAGUUUAAUGCCACAAUCGAAAGAGCGGCGAAGCAAAUCAUUCUUGCCAAGCACGGUCGACGUCUAUUACAGCUGCUUGACGACACACCUGUUGUUCCCGGCGAUAUGCACCCGACCUACCACCACGCUCAACAGGCGCGGCAGAUUCUGAACGAUGCUGAAGAUGACCUUCGUGACUGGCAACCUGACCAGGACUUCACCACUACGCAGACCGGAAGUGUUUCCAAUUCUAAGGGUAAAGGAAAUGUGCACGACGAAGAUGCUAACAUCGUUGCUGGUUCGGUGCCUGAAGCUCAGUUGCGUCAUAACGCUGAUGACACUAGCAUUGCGAGCAACGGUACCAAACGGACCGAAAGUGUGACCGCUGCGUAA